GAAACCCAAAUACAGGAACAGUUGGCGCUGGAAAGGAAAGAACAAACAUGAAAACGAAUAAAUCACGUAGCCCAAUCAUGUUAAGGAGAGAUACGGUAUAGGCCUCCCGGCUAAACACGGCCGUAGCUACAAUAAAAUAGUUCAAAGGAUUUGGAAAUAAAGUACGGUUGGAUUUUAUACUGUUGCACACAUUUAUAUGUCUGCGUAAUUACAUCAAGUGAUGGAAGGGAGAGAAAAGGGACGGGCUUUUCUGGGGUAGAGAGUGAGGAGGGAGGGGACAGACUUCUCUGUGGAAGAAAGUGAGGAACGAAGGGAAAGAAAGAGCUAUUCCUUCUUUUCUGCAGAAGACAAAGUCUUAAAACCGCUUCAUUCAAUUCAUUCAAUUUAACAACGGCAAAAAAAUCCCAGGACUGCACCGACCUAAAAUAUUUCAAUGGAAAUGAGCAUUGUGUCGCAAUAAGAGGUAAAUGUGUUUUUCUGAAGCCACGGUAAGCGGAUACAAUCUGGGGUGGUGGUUUUCGACAGCAUCUGGUACAGCAGCUAACAAACUGAGUCGUGCUUGUAAGCGGCAGUUAACGAAAACGACAGGAGAAUCUAGACAGUCAGCUAGAAAGAAGCAGGAGAGAACACUGAGCGAAUUGUGAAGACACGCUAGAACGAACGUCUUUGUAGCCAUUGUUUCGUACCCUCACUCGAGUCAAAAUUGUGAAAUUUAAGGUUAUUUUUUCACAUCAUAGCUAGAGGGAAUGGCUACCACUAGUUACAGUGGCACUUACAUUUGUCGAGACCUACACGGUCACUCUGAAACAUGCAGUUAGACCCUCGACAGCUGCCUAACCACGAGAAAUGAGGGUGGUGGAUAUGUGCCGAGAUACAGCAAGUCAGCGAACAUAGAAGGAGCAAGAAUUGCGUUUUGGUCACUGGGUGGCCUUUAAAACUACAACAUGAGUCAACAUUUGUGAUGAAUACCUUUAUAUCGAAAGAACGCAACAUGUUUUUCCUGUUAGUGUUUGUUGAACUCGCAUCACCGACAUAGAGCGGAUCAGACCCGAGGGUAGGGACGCAGGAGUUCUUUUCUCCUCAUUACACGAGAAACCUUAUAGACUACUAAAAUACGCAUAUAUUAUAAUUUGUUCUUUAUCUGUAUAUAAGUGUUACCAACGUUUGCGUGUCCGAUUUUUCCAGUUUAUUGUUAACCGUGUGUGUUUUGAAUUGGUUAGAAUGUUUGUAGCCUACGGUAUAUUUUUCGUGCUGGUGUCUUUUCCUGUAGAGGAAUAAACCAAUUUUACUGACCGCACCGCUUCCUGCAUCCAAUAUUCACGGUGUGUGCAAGGUUUUACCAUGGAAACCCAGAUCCAACGAGUGUGUCUGCCUUGGCCGAUUGGAGGCGGAGAAAGAACCGACUACGUAAACAGCGCUUCAUAUUAAAAACAUUUGCGUUUUUCCCCAAAUCUGUAGUAGGCUACAUUGAAACCUUUCUCGGACACAAGGCACAUACAGACCCUGAAUAUUGUGGACGUAUAGAGCAGUAUAGCAGCAAAGCUAUCAGAAUUAUGCAAUAAUGGACAUUUCUGUGUGACGAAGAUGAAGAGUCAUUGGAUUUGGACUGCUGAUUCCGCAUCUCUGAAUGGACUACGGAAGACUAUUUUUAAAAAGGAUCCACAGUGGACAUAGUGGGCUACUGUGAAAGAGGCCCAGAUCCAACCUCUGCUCCAUCCAUUCUUUUUGUCAAAUUUACGUUGAGCGUUUUUAUGAAGGACAAUGCAGGGUGUGACGUACAGCCCCAUACCAGGCAAAUUCACAGUGAACUAACAGGUGUCACGGAGGUACGUUAAAUACACGCGUUGGUAACACGUCGGCUAGCUAAGUGAAAUCAAGUUUUAACAUGCAAGGGUUGGCGAUGAAGUCACUACUGGGAGUUGGUGCAGCAGACUAGCGGUACUGGAUUGCGCUGGGUAUGUAAGACAACCUGAUGGAUGUUUAGAGAUCAACUCAUAGAACUCGCUGGAUUUUAUGUCUGCGCAAACCUGUAAAACAGGUUAAAACAUUCUUAAAAAGGAGGAGCCAAGACUGUGACUCAAAUGCCGCGAAACAGGGCUUUCUCGGAGCCGGAAUGCUCGGCGGAAUAUUCUGCGGACUGCUCGGUGACACUGCCCUCUGACCCAGGGCAGGCAGUGGGCCGCACGCAUGAGGUGACCGUGCGCAGCUCCGGGUGCUGCCUGUGCUUGCCCCGCUUCAUGCGCCUCACGUUCGCACCGGAGUCUCUUGAGAACCUCUACCAGACCUACUUCCGGAGGCAGAGGCAUGAGACUCUGUUGGUGUUGGUGGUGUUUGCAGCCCUGUUUGACUGCUAUGUCAUCAUCAUGUGCGCGGUGGUGUACACCAGGGACAAGCUGGCCACCACAUUAGUGGCAACUGUAGGGCUGCUAGCCCAUGUCCUGCUCUAUGUACUGUGCCGCUUUGGCCUGUUGCCAGAUCGAGUGGCCCGCAGGGUGGUACCCUAUGCCCUGUGGGUGCUCAUCGCCGCCCAGAUCUUCUCCUACCUGGGCCUAAACUUUGCCCGCUUCCACCAGGCCAGUGACACAGUGGGCUGGCAGGCCUUCUUUGUCUUUUCCUCCUUCCUGACUCUGCCCCUUCGUCUCACGCCCAUCGUCCUCAUCACCGCGCUCUCCUGUGCCAUCCACACCCUGGUGCUUGGGGUCACCAUCGCGCAGCAACAACAGGAGCAACUCCAGGGGGCAGCACUGGGCAGACAGCUCCUGGCAAACGUGGUUAUCUACAUGUGCGCCAUCACGGUGGGCAUCAUGUCCUACUACAUGGCUGACCGCAAGCACCGCAAGGCCUUCCUGGAGGCCCGGCAGUCCCUGGAGGUGAAGCUGAACCUGGAGGAGCAGAGCCAGCAGCAGGAGCGACUCCUCCUGUCCAUCUUGCCCAAGCACAUCGCGGACGAAAUGCUCCAGGACAUGAAGAAGGAGCCGAGCCAGAAAGAGAUGCAGCAGUUUAACACCAUGUACAUGUACCGCCACGAGAACGUCAGCAUCCUGUUUGCUGACAUCGUUGGGUUCACACAGCUCUCCUCAGCUUGCAGUGCGCAGGAACUGGUCAAACUGCUCAACGAGCUGUUCGCUCGCUUCGACAAGCUGGCUGCCAAAUAUCACCAGUUGAGGAUUAAGAUCCUGGGAGACUGUUACUACUGCAUCUGUGGGCUGCCGGAUUACCGAGAAGACCACGCUGCCUGCUCUAUCAUGAUGGGGCUCGCUAUGGUGGAGGCCAUCUCGUACGUGCGUGAGAAGACGCAGACGGAGGUGGACAUGCGCGUGGGGGUGCACACCGGCACUGUCCUGGGAGGGGUACUGGGACAGAAGCGCUGGCAGUACGACGUCUGGUCUACUGAUGUCACUGUGGCCAACAAAAUGGAGGCAGGGGGGAUCCCCGGGCGUGUCCACAUCUCCCAAAGCACAAUGGAGUGCCUGCAUGGAGAGUUCAAUGUGGAACCUGGUCAUGGCGGUGAGCGAUGUGACUACCUGAAGGAAAAGGGUAUUGAAACAUACCUAGUGGUGGUACCCAAAGGUCCAGUGUGCAGGAACGGCAUAAAUGGAGUGAAGCUGUCUGUCACCUCGUCCAAUGGGAACUCUCCCCUGCUGAUCAACACUACAGAGUGCAAUGGAAGUGUCCACACAGCCUGCACCACACCAGAGGAGCUAGAGGAACUGGACACACGGAAAGAUCAGGAAAACCUACCGGACUACAAGACAACAGGACACAAAGAGAAUAAUCCUGCUAAUUAUGACAUACUCCCAAUUCAGUGUAACAGCCAACCGGAAAAUAGCCUUGCCACUGGAACACAGCACAAAGACCUACUUCAAAAUGAUAAAAUCAUCUCUGCAUACAAGAGGAACAAAGACUACUUGGUGGUGAACCCCUCCUUCCCGAACCCAAGGCGUCGGCUGCGGCUUCGGGACCUUGCGGAGAGGGUGAUUGAUGCACAGGAGAAUGAACAGGAGCUAAACAAACUACUGAAUGAAGCACUGCUGGAGAGAGAGACUGUACAGGCCCUGAAGGGGACCCACACAAACCGCCUCUCCCUGCGCUUUGUGGAUCCAGAGCUGGAGACACGUUUCUCAGUGGAGAAGGAGAAACAGAGUGGAGCUGCCUUCAGCUGCUCCUGUGUGGUUCUGCUGUUCACCGCGGUCAUGGAGGCCCUCAUCGACCCCUAUCUGAUAGUGAACUAUGUGACUCUGGUCAUCGGGGAGGUCUUACUGCUUAUCCUCACUGUCUGCUCACUGGCAGCUAUCUUCCCCAGGGUUUUCCCCAAAAAGCUGGUGUCCUUCUCGACCUGGAUUGACCACACGCGCUGGGCCCGUAACACCUGGGCCAUGGCGGCCAUCUUUAUUCUGACUAUGGCUGACAUGGUGGACAUGCUGAGCUGCCAGCAGACCCCCCUACCAGCAGGGAAUAGCAGCACGGGGGCCCCACCGGGACCAGUUGGAGAGGGGGGCUGUGCCGAGAAUCCCAAAUACUACAGCUACAUCGCAGUUCUGGCGCUGCUCGCGACCACCAUGCUGGUGCAAGUCAGUCACAUGGUCAAACUCACUCUCAUGCUGCUCAUCAUCGUGGCAACUGGAGUGGUCAACCUCUACAGCUGGAGGGACAUCUUUGAUGAGUAUGACCGCGUUCGCUUCAAGGAGUAUAGGGUCUCUCUGGUUCCAUCCAAAUACUCCAUGACGCUGAUGGUCUUCAUCAUGAUGAUUAGCUUCUACUACUUCUCUCGUCAUGUGGAGAAGCUGGCCCGCACGCUGUUCCUGUGGAAGAUGGAGGUUCAUGACCAGAAGGAACGGGUUUAUGAGAUGAGGCGCUGGAACGAGGCACUGGUCACGAACAUGCUGCCCGAGCACGUGGCCAGGCACUUCCUGGGGUCGAAGAAAAGGGAUGAGGAGCUCUACAGCCAGUCAUAUGAUGAAAUCGGUGUGAUGUUCGCCUCCAUCCCCAACUUCUCUGACUUCUACACAGAAGAGAGCAUCAACAAUGGAGGGAUUGAGUGCCUCAGGUUCCUUAAUGAGAUUAUCUCAGACUUUGACAGUCUUCUAGAUGAGCCUCAGUUUCGCUGCAUCACCAAGAUCAAGACCAUAGGAAGCACAUACAUGGCAGCAUCUGGUGUCAUACCCGAUGCGAACACCAAUGGCUACAACUGCCUAAAGAAGGAGGAACUGUCAGACAAAGAACGCUGGCAGCAUUUGGCAGACCUGGCUGAUUUUGCACUUGCCAUGAAGGUUACCCUCAUGAAUAUCAACUAUCAGUCUUUCAACAACUUCAUGCUUCGCAUUGGACUGAACAAGGGGGCAGUGCUGGCUGGAGUAAUUGGCGCUCGGAAGCCUCACUACGAUAUCUGGGGGAACACUGUCAAUGUGGCCAGCCGCAUGGAGUCCACUGGAGUAAUGGGGAACAUCCAGGUGGUGGAGGACUGCUACGCCAUCCUGAAGGAGUACGGAUUCCGCUUUGUACGGCGAGGGCCCAUCUUUGUGAAGGGGAAGGGGGAGCUACUGACCUUUUUCCUGAAGGGGCGGGACAAACAGGGCUCCUUCAUCAACGGCUCAUCUGUCACCCUCCCUCACCAGGUGGAGGACAGCUCCUGACCCACACAUGCUGACACACACUGUCCCCCCCCCCCUCCCCCCUCCACCCGCCCCACACACACACAAUGACACACUACCAGGCAAACACUUGACACUCAGCCAAUCACUUUCUCUCCUUGACACAUAAACAAGGCAAUUAAUUCCAAACUACUGCUCAUUACCGCCCUGCCUACGUGCCAUACCUGAGCUGUGAAUUACCUGACCUGCUGGUGACUGCUUAGAAGUGUCCACUCGUUUGGAGACACUGCCUGUGUUACUACCUGUCGUAUCUGUGGGCUUCUGGGACUUCUGACGUUGACCAACUGAAGACGUUCGGCAAGCAUGAAGCCGAUGUUUUGGCCAAUUUAUAUUUAUAUGACAAAAAAAGGGAGAACUAUUUUAAGUGUAAUUCAUCCGUCCAAUUGAGAGAGUAUUAAAAUGCAUUAUCUGCCUCUGCACACGUGUACACUACUUAAUUUCAUACAUGAUGUGCUCCUGCUUACACUGUACAACUACAUGCAUACCUACAGCUUACCCAGUUAUGGACCACACAGUUACAUGAACGCUGUCCACCUACAGUGCAAAUCCUAUCAUUGAUUACACUGACACAUUUUUUAAAAUAACCUUUCCAAACUGGAAAUAAUAGAAAAUUUUGAAUUUUUUCACCAAAUUACUUUGGAGAUAAAAAGCUUGUCCAGAGAUUAAUAAUAACCUGCAGCCUAUUCUCAACUCUCUCAGUUUAGAUAAUGUGUAGCUUGUUCUCUCUGAGUUAAAAUAACCUGCUUCUGCUCCCUGUGAGUUGAAAUAACCUGCAGCCUGCCUCUACAGCUUUCUGUGAUUUGAAUUACUUGCAGCCUGCCUCUGCUCCCUCUGUGAGUUUAAAUUACCUUCAGCCCCCCUCUGUGCCGUCUUACAUGUGUUUACCUUAUACCUGCUUUCACAUGGGAGCACUGAUCUUUGCCUGAAAAGACUGAAAGAAGUUACCUGUGUGAAGUGACUUUAACUGUGGGGCAGUGUUGCAGGUCUGAGACAGGUGUGUUUACCUGUCGGGUAGUAUUACAGGUCUGUGAAAGGUGUUUAAUCCAGUGGGGUAGUGUUGCAGGUAUGUGGCAGGUGUGCACACUUAUGGAGCCGUAUUAUAGGUGUGUACACCGAUUGAACCAUUUUGCCCGUGUGAAUAAUAGACAAGUGUAAAUCUGGGGCAGCAUAGCAGGUAUGCGGAUGUCUGGUGGGUAUACCUGUGAGGUGAUGUUUUAGGUGUGUGUGUGUGUGUGUGUGCGUGUGCGUGUGCGUGUGUGUCAGGUAGGUAUACCUGCAGAGUGAUGUUUCAGGUGUGUAUGUAUGUAUGUGUGUGUGUGUGUGUGUGUAUUAGGUAGGUAUACCUGUGGGGUGUGGUUUUAGGUGUGUCAGGUAGGUAUACAGUUUGAGGGGAUUUUGCAGGUCUGUAGAAAUGUCUGCUCUGUUUGGACUCUGCUCCUGUUUAGUGUCUUUCCUACCAGAUUGGUGAAAGUGCAAUAUUUAAUUCCUUUGCUUCCCUCUUGACUUGCUUCAAAUCCCCUGUGCAAAGUACAACUUUACCAUCUUAUAUUUUUAUAUACUGAUUGUGUAAUGCACUUUUCAAUCAAGUUGAUACAAUCUUUAAAAGGGACGAUGGUCUUAUAACAUGAAUCGAAUGUACAUUCAUCCCAUUGAUUUAUAGCUGACUUCAGGGGUAGAAGAUAAAAAUACUAGCACAGCAAAGCUAUAAUGGUCCAUGUUUGCUGAGGUUACAGAAUUGCGAGUUGCAGGCAUUGAACCAUGGAGUUGUUCUAGUCUAUAUUGAGGUGAAUCAGGACAUGCAUGUCCUGAGUUGACAUAGUGUUUUUAUUUAGAAUCUUCAAGACUUGGGAAUAAAAUGGCACUUUGAAUGAUUUGUAAUUUUAAAUGUACUUUAUUUGAAUGAUUUGUAAUUUUCAAAUGUAUUUGAUUUGAAUGAUUUGUAAUUCAAAUGUAUUGAUUAAAAAAUGUUUAGACCCUUCAUUGCAGCAUGAUUGGAUUCACAGGUCCUGAGUGUCAGCUGUCUGAAUAUGUGGACUGAUAUCUGCUUCACUUCAGUGUUCCAGCUGCAUAUGACAUUUUUUAAAAGUUUCCUGGCUACUGGGAUGCAGAACGGUUCUCAAUUUAAAAAGGUUUUUUGACAAAUGUGGUUAACAAAGUAAACAGAAACACAGGCAAAUGUAUACAUUGUUUCAGUAACAGUUUAAAUUAAAAAAAAAAAAAAAAAAAAGUCAUGUUAUCUUACCAGAACAUUUUUCAUUUUCAGGAAUACUAAAUGUUGGACUCAUUUAAGCAAAAAUGGUCAUUUCUGUUUUCUUAGCAAAUAGAUUUCUUUAUAAAGCCA